AUGCGACGUAGCCACCCCUUUCCAUCGUCCAUUUGUGCCACCAUUUCUCCGCCGCAAAGUUUUCUCCUCCCUGCACACUCUCUCUCACCCUGGGAGUCGAGCAAUCGACAAGCUGGUUUCCGACCGCUUCGUCUGGCCUGGAUGCACAAGGACCUCAAAGCAUGGACACGGGCUUGUAUUGCCUGUCAACGAAGUACGAUCCAGCGGCACAACAAGGCCCCCAUUGGCACCUUCCCCGGCCCUGGUGCAUGGUUCAGCCACGUUCACCGGGACAUUGUAAGCCCCCUGGCUCUGUCCAAUGGUUGUUCCUAUCUCUUCACCUGUGUGGGCCGGUCCACUCGGUGGCCUGAAGCAAUUCCCCUGCCUGACAUUGCUGUUCCAACGAUGGUCAAGGUUGUUCUCAGUCGUUGGGUUGCUAUCUUUGGUGCACCCUCCACAAUCACGACUGACCGUGGUGUCCAGUUUCAGUCCAACCUCUUCCAGUCUUUCCUCUCCUUUUUAGGCUGUACCCGCAUCCGGACGACAGCCUAUCAUCCGGCUGCUAACGAGAUGGUCGAGCGGUUUCACCGCCAGCUGAAGGCCUCCCUACGUGCCGCGGCCGAUCUGGAGAACAGGACAGACCGCCUUCCCCUGGUCCUCUUGGGCAUCCGCUCGGCUCUCAAGCCGGGCCUUGACUGUUCCGCAGCUGACUUAAUGUUCGGCGCCACCGUCCGUCUCCCCGGUGAGAUGGUCUCGCCAACCCUGCAAGGUGCAGUUGAGGAUCCCACCAACCUCCCGCAUCGCCUCCGGCAGUUUAUGCGGACACUUUCUCCGGUUCCUUCCAGGUCCUCCGCCUCUCCUUAUCUCGAGAAGGACUUGGCAGCGUGCUCUCACGUCUACCUUUGA